AGCGGGCUGUGUCACCGGUUCGCGGCGGAGCGCGAAGGGCUGAGGGCGUGAGGAGAGCUCCGGUGCCGAGCCGCCGCCGCCGCCAGACGCGCGGAGUCGAGGCCGCGGCCGCACCCGCAGCGCUCUCCAUGGCUCCGCAGGAGAUGCUUCAGAAAGUUGCUGUCUGUUUACCGCUGGUUCUGCCAAACAACUCAAGAAGCUACCUACCUAUUUUUUCAUUAAUCAAGCAUAACGUUAUCUUGAACUAAUUAUUCCUCUCCAUAUGGCCUUCCUACUGGUGUCAGCUUACCUUCUGCUGACUCAUACUCAGGGUGCUCCUGUUGAGAAUGGGCCACUGUUGGAAACACUGAAGUCACAGGUAGGAUUAUUCAGCAAUAAAAGCGAACACUAUUCAGCACAGGUGAGACCUCCUGGCACAAGCCGACGAAUACCUCAGACAAUUAUCAUAGGAGUUCGUAAAGGAGGGACAAGGGCUUUGCUGGAAAUGCUGGAUAUUCAUCCUAAUAUUGUAGUAGCAGCUACAGAAGUCCACUUUUUUGACUGGGAUGAAAAUUAUGUGAAAGGAUUAGACUGGUAUAGGAGUCUGAUGCCAUUUUCUUACGGAAAUCAAAUUACAAUUGAGAAAACACCAGGCUAUUUUACAUCACCACAGGCUCCAGAAAGAAUUCAUGACAUGAAUAGUUCCAUUAAACUGCUGCUCAUUCUAAGAGAUCCCACUGAGAGAGUUAUAUCUGACUAUACCCAAGUAUAUUACAACAGAGUAGAAAGCCACAAGCCUGUUCAGCUUUUUGAAGAUAUUGUUAUUAAGAAUGGAGUACUUAAUACCAAAUACAAGGCUAUUCAGAGAAGUCUAUAUGAUGUUCAUAUGGAAAAGUGGCUUAAACAUUUCAGUUUGAAUCAGAUUCACAUAGUGGAUGGCAAUACUUUAAUCAAGGACCCUCUUCCUGAAUUACAAAAAGUUGAAAAAUUUCUAAAUCUUCCUUCCCGAAUUAUGUCUUCUAAUUUUUAUUUUAACCAAACUAAAGGAUUCUAUUGCAUUCGAAGUGAUGGAAGAGAGAGAUGUUUACACGAAUCCAAAGGGCGCCCCCAUCCUCUUGUUAACAACACUGUUUUAGAGCAACUUUAUUCUUACUUCAGAGAGCACAAUGCAAAAUUUUACAGAAUGGUUAAUCAUUCUUUUGACUGGCAUUAAUGCAUUUUGGAAUCAAUGUUUCUUAAAAAGGGCCUGAAACAAACUAGAGAUUCAUAUUAUGAAAAUUUUACAUACUGGUUAUAUAGAAGCAGAGAGAACUGUUUGCUUCAUUGGAAUAAGAUAUCCAUUAACUCAUUAAAAUGGUAGCCUUGGUUUUGGGAAAAAUAAGUUUCACAUAUUUGUAUAAUUACUCUGGGUCAUAUCAUAGAAUAAUAUUUUGAUCAUUUUCCCAUCAUGCAAAUAUGUUAACUUCAGUGGACUUACUUCAGAUAUAUAUCUGUUACAAGAUUUGUGAUGUUUUGGAAAAAUGACUGCUUCUAACAGUGUAAAAAUGUACAUAUUUGAAAUGGUAUUAUUCUAACUGUUCCAUAUUUUUGGUUCUUAGUAUUUUUUUAUAUCAGGUAUGAGGCUAGUGGCACUGAGUUCUAGAAUUUUUCAUACAAAUUAAAUUGUAUGUUACAACAGGAGCAUACAUAUUGGCUCUAGUAAAUAAAUCAUCCUCUGUUAAUAUGUCAAAGUUCUUAAUCUACUGAUAAUAAAAGGAAUCUAUUUCAUCCUUGAUUUUGAAUAGGUGAACUAGAACCUCCCCGUCGGUAUAUCAUUUGUAUUAAGCCACAAUCUUAAUAUCUUGAGUUGGCA